AUGCGAUCCAGUCUAUCCUGCGAGCAUUGCCGACCGGUUGUCAGAUCCGCCAAGAAAGCUGUGAGGAGAGCGCAAAACGAAGCGGGUUUGACGCCGAGGGAUGAUGUAUCGGUGAUUUCGAGCACAGCGGGCUUUCAGCCUAUACCAAGUCCUGUCUCGUCAAGACAGACAACUUCAUAUCAUACGCCUGAGACUGUAGAUGAGCAUCUCGCCCGCUUACCGAUUGGGAUUAUUCUCAAGGCUCUGAACAUCUUCACUGCCAAGUUUCCUGAGCUGAGGAUACUGCAGGCAUCUGCUUUCAUCAAGGAGUAUCAAACUGCUCGGUCCAAGGAGAGCAAGGCUUUGCUAGCGACGAUACUCGCUAUCACAAGGAAGCAAUGCUCCAUUGUCACGGGAGAUUGGUUGAGGAGCCUGAAGAGUAGCGAGUGCUAUGCUUCGUAUGCCUGGAGUACUUUGUCUGAUGCUAUUCUUCAACCACCAAAGGUUCAAGUUGUCCAGGCGUUGCUUAUCUUGACGCUUUAUGAAUGGGGUGUGAGAGAGUAUCACAAAGCUUGGAUGCACUGCGGAAUUGCCAUACGCAUCAUGCAGUCACUUCAUAGCUCUCGUGUCAGCCCUCACCCCCUCGACAUGUCUCAGAACAACGACACAGACGUUAUGGCUAUUGCAGUAGAAGCUCGAACAUAUUGGGCGUGCUUCAUAAUGGACUGUACCAUCAAUUCAGGAACCUACAACCCGCGUAUGCUCCCAAUGUCCGAAAUGCACAAGCUCAAAGUCCCUCGUCCACUGAACUACACCGACUUUGCAUUCGGUUUUGACGCAUCUUCGCUCGAUCAUAUUUGCACUGGUGAUUUAUCUGGAUUGGCACAAAGCUUUGAGACCAUCGCGACUGGUUUUGACAUUUAUGCUCAAGCAAUGUCAUUUGUCUUUAAUAACGGGCGCUGUGCACCGGGUAUGUGUGCGCCUGAGAACUGUCCGUGGGUUCCCGGGUCCGCUUGGUCUCAGUGUCGGAAUAGACUUGAAGAGUGGAGGAAGAAUCAGCAUGAGAGGCUUUGCUAUCCGCAGCAUAGUGUUGUGGUGCAUAUGACGCUGGGACAUGGGGAGUCGUUCAUUUACUUGAACAUGCUGUACUACUUGAGUACGAUCAUGCUUCAUAGAGAAUACUUCCCCUUCUUGCCGACCGCCGACUUGACACCUCGAGGUCCAAUAGACCCUCCUCUUCUGGAAGCAGAGGCACCGCCAGGUUGGUGGGACCAAAGCGCAAGGGAGCUCUUCAAUGCAGCCGAGCAGAUCGCAUCUCUCCUCCAAGAAGCAUCUGAGUGCGGGAUUCCACUAAUCACGCCCUUCUCUGGCUUCUGUGCCUUCACAGCAUGCUUUCUCAACCUCUACGUAUUUCGAUUUCCCAGGAUGAAUCUCAAUCGAAGCUCCAAAGCCGAACAGCUUAUGAAUUGGGGACUAGAGUAUUUAGAAGAAUUCCAGAACGCUUGGGAACUAGCAGGAGGCUGGGUAUGUCUCACUCCCCUCAUCCAUGAGUCUAAAGCUAACAAAAUAGAUCAAAACGAUUCAGAACUCCUCACUCUUGUACAAAAGAGCAACCGAAGACGCAGGACGCUACCGCGGAAGAUCAAGAGCCGAUUUCGAAACCCUGCACCAAUCGAUUCAUGA